GUUAUUCAAAUGAUUCACACUUCGCACAAAAAUUGAUCGUAGAGAUGAAAUCAAGCACCUAGUCUAGUAGCACAAGCGGCCUUCUACCUUUUGACAUCCCAACGAUACUCUUUGUCAUGUAUAUAUUUUCCUUCCUCUGACAGUUGAAGUUCUUUCACAGCAAGGUUCAUGAUAAGUACUGAGCUUAUUGGAAAGAAAUGUGGUUUUUGCCGCGAUGAAGAAAGGGGAAUAUAAAGCCGCUUCUCGCACAAAAUACAAACUACCUAGUUGACUAACUUUAAUAGAGCAGAUAAAGCACAAGGAUAAAGCCGUGUUUAAACAUGACGAAUAAAGGAGACGAUACCUCGGUUCGAGUCGCUUUGAGGAUUCGUCCUCAAAGUGCAGCUGAACAGAUCAAUAUGUGUCGCGUUUGUACAACAGUAACUCCAGGACAUCCUCAAGUAAUCCUUGGGAAAGACAAGGCUUUUACCUUUGACCAUGUUUUUAAUGUCGAAACGAUACAAGACCAAGUGUACAAUACAUGUGUAAAGGAUCUCGUUAAUGGGUGUUUAGAUGGCUAUAAUGCUACUGUUCUGGCUUAUGGACAGACUGGUUCUGGUAAGACAUACACCAUGGGUACAGGAUUUGACGUCAAUAUUGACCCAGAAGAAGAAGGCAUUGUCCCUAGAGCUGUUGGUCAUCUAUUUAAUGGAAUAGAAAAGAGAAAACUAGAAGCAAAGCAAAGGAAUGAACCUCAACCUGACUUUAAAGUCACAGUACAGUUCAUGGAGCUUUAUAAUGAAGACUUGAUAGACUUGUUUGAUGCUGAUGGAAGAGGCAGAAAAGCAAAUCAUGUCAAGAUUCAUGAAGACCCUAAUGGACUGAUUUACUGUAUGGGAGUGACAAUGAAGAAUGUCAAAUCUGCUUUAGAUACCUUAAACUGUCUACAACAAGGUGCAUUACUAAGAACAACAGCAAGUACCAACAUGAAUACACACUCGUCCAGAUCACAUGCCAUCUUUACUAUACAAAUCAAGCAGCAACGAGUUGUCAGGACUUCAGAAGGUGACAAAGGUUCAAAUAGUAACUAUGAAUAUGAAAUGCUGAGUGCAAAGUUUAACUUUGUUGAUUUGGCUGGAUCUGAGAGAUUAAAGAGAACGGGUGCAACAGGUGACAGAGCUAAAGAGGGUAUAUCAAUUAAUUGUGGACUGCUUGCAUUGGGAAAUGUGAUAAGCGCACUUGGUGAUGUUACAAAAAGAGGAAUACACGUACCAUAUCGGGACUCUAAACUAACAAGACUACUGCAAGACUCACUAGGGGGUAACAGCUGUACCCUUAUGAUAGCAUGUAUAUCACCAUCUGAUAGGGACUUUAUGGAGACUUUAAAUACUUUGAAGUAUGCCAACAGAGCAAGGAAUAUCAAAAAUAAGGUUGUUGUUAAUCAAGACAAGGCCAGUAAACAAAUAUCCAUGUUGAGGGCAGAGAUACAGAAGCUAACCAUGGAACUGGUAGAGUUCAGGCAGGGAAAGAGAGUGUCAAAUAUGGAAGGAGAAUCAGACGUGACGCUGGAAAAUGAUUUGUUAAAAAGUGAAAAUGAAAAAUUGAGGAUGCGUAUCAAAGCAUUGUCAUCUACUGUUGACUCACAAUCCUAUAGAAUAACAGACCUGAUGUCGGCUAAAGCUAUGGCAGAUCUGGAAGGAGUUCAUGUUGAUGGUGGUGUAGAAAAUCUUAUUCAGAAUUACUUAAGGGAAAUAGAGGAACUAAGGAAUAAACUAACCCAGAGUGAGGUGAUGGCUACAGCAAUAACAAGAAAUAAUUACUUGAAGUCAAGGACAGGACAUGCAGUGUCAACAGAUUCUAGCACUACCAUCUUAGAGUUGGCCAAGUCUGAUCUUGCAAAGCAGAAACAAAAAGCACAGAAACUAAGAAAAUCCUCCAAUAGUACUAAGGAAGAAAAUGAAGAGACUAAAGAGAAUAGCAGUGAUGAUGAGUUAUCAUCAGGUGAUGAGGAGGAUGACGAUGAAGAAGAGGAGGAAGAUGUUGAUGAUAAUGAUGAUAAUGAUGAUAGUGAAGAAAAAGGAAAGGAUGGUAGUGGUGAUGAGUCCUCUUCAUCUGAAGAGAAUGAAGACUCUGAAGCUGGUGCACAAGUUGUAGAGGAAUUGGCUGAAUUAACGACUGAAAUUGAAAUAAAAGAGAAAUUAGUAGAAGAACUAGAAGCCAGCCAUCAGCGCAUGCUCAUCAUGAAGACACAAUAUGAAGAAAAACUGUCACUCUUGACCCACAAAAUCAAAGAAACUGAAGUAGAAAGAGAUCAGGUUUUAAGGAAUAUAAAAGACCAAGACUCUGAAGCAGCUAAACAAGCCAAACACAUCAAAGAGGAAUAUGAGAAAAAACUGAGUAACUUGAAAACAGAACUGAAGAAACUACAAGUUGCGAAGAAAAACCAUGCACAGCUAUUAAGAGACAAGGCUCGUAAUGAACAGCAGUUAAAAAUCUACACAAAUGAAUUGAAUGAAAUGAAGAAAGUGAAAGCAAGAUUAAUGAAACAAAUGAAGGAUGAAGUGGCCAAGAGUAAACAACAUGAAAUGGCAAAGAAUAAAGAGAUAGCACAACUGAAGAAAGUAUCACGCAUGCGUGAGAUAGCCAUCAGGAACCUAGAGACUGAGAAGAGACAGAAAGAGUUGAUUCUGAAGAGAAAACAGGACGAGGUCAAAGCAUUAAGAAGACAACAGAAACCUGUAUCUGGUGCCCUUGGAGCUAAGAAGAACCAAGUUACAAGCCAACCUGUCAAUGGCAAUGAACCCCAAGCAGAAAAUGAACCAUCAGGAUAUGGGACAUAUGGUUACCGAGGGUCAUCUGUUUAUAAUAAACCCUAUGGUGGACCACCCAGGAUUGGUCUGGCUGCCAGGGAGAAGAGAAAGAGGGUUACUAUUGAACAGGCCAUUAAAAUGGCCAAGAAGAAAUGGGAUCACAUUGAAAGAAAGGUUGGAGCAUUAGUGAUUCAAAGACAAACAAUAUCAAACUUAGAGAAAGACAUGGAUCGAUGGAUCAAAAAUAGGAAUGAAUUAAGUAAACAACUGGAAGAAUGUACAAAUAAAUACAACAAGGCCAAGGAAGAUGAGGAGGAUGAAAGUAUUAUACAAGAACUGAAAGAUCAGCUGGAAGCACACACACUACAUAUGGAUUAUAUCCAAGAAAAUAUUGAUAGCUGUCAAACUUGUAUUAUUGAGAUGGAAGAUCCUGGUAAUACCACAACAGAACUGAAUGAACUCAUCUCGUCAUGCAUGUUACAUGAAGCAAGAGCUCUGAGUACUCACUUUCUUUCAAACAUUAUAUCCCUGGGACAAAUAAUAUCUGCUAAAGAAGCAACCAUCAAAGAACUAGAAGGAUUACUUGAAAUAACCAAAGAGCAUAACACCAUCCAGCAAACAUUGCUCAGUCAUGUCCUUGCACAAGGUAGGUCACUUAGUGCAGAAAACCUGGCAAGUGGUGCAGAUCCAGUGACCUUGAAUAAUGUCAAUGAGCUGCUGAGACUAUCAACAGGAAGCCUGCAUUCCUUAGGAGGAGGAACAGAUGAUGGGAACUUGUCUAGUGGAAGUGGCUCAUCUAAGUCUCGUGAUAAGGCUCGUCGCCGUACUGGCUGUCGUGAAGACUUCCUGUAUCCAGAGAGAGUAAAAGCAAAGAAAUCCCCAUCCCUCAACUCCCUGAAAGACAAUGAUGACACCAAUGGACCUCUAGUUCCAACAGGAGCUACAGAAUUCAAACCAUCAAAACAAAUCUCACCUGAACUUAUGCAAAAACUAUUAGAACUUGACAAAGCAAGGAAAGAUGCUAAUGACAAUAGGGCGAUGAAUGGUAAUGUGAAGUCAUCAAUAAUACAAUCAAUAAGUGAUACAAGUCAGUCACAAGAGGGGGAUGGUAAGGAUAUUAUACCAGCUGGAUAUCAGACACUACCUGCAUCACUUGUACGGGGUAACUUAAGGUCUAAAUCAGCCAGGAACUAUCAGUCAUCUAAAUAUGGUCCAUCACCAGCUACCUCACAACAACCUAAAUCACAGCCUUCUUCGCCAACCAUGUCAAGAAAAAACUUUGACAGGAACCAGGAUAUUGGUAAUGAUGAUGGUGGCUCGCAGAAGAAUGAGAAUGUAUUUUCUAGAUUGACAAGUAAUCUGGGGAAUGACUCUGAUCCUGAUGUGGGUAGAAUGUUACCUCUUCGCCCCCCAACAGGCAAACCAUCAGCCUUGGUAUGUACCUAUGCAGCUACUGGUCAUAACAGUGCAGUCCUUAGUGUUGAUGUGACUGAUGAUUACAUGUUUACUGGAUCUAAAGACAAAACAGUCAAAGUAUGGGACCUCAACACAGGGGAGGAAGUAAUGUCACUAUCAGGACACAAGCGUGAUGUAGUAGCUGUACGCUACUGUAAACUAACCAAGAUCCUUUACAGUGUAUCACAGAACAUUAUCAAGUUAUGGGACUUGCGGCAAGAGUCAGGUAAAUGUAUCAAGACCCUGAGCCCACAGACAGGAUCAUCUAUCAGUGGUUUCAUCUCUGGCAUCACCUCAGACACACAAAUAAAUGAUCUUCAGAUCAGCUCAACAGCAACAUCUUUAUAUGCUGCCAUGGGCAAUACUGUUAGGAUAUGGGACCUUAAAAUGUAUUCUAUGACAGGUAAAUUAGGGGGUCAUGCAGGCCCUGUCAUGGCUGUACUGGAGAGAAGAAGAGAUAAUGAUACCCUAGUAUUCACUGGCUCACGAGACCACUUUAUCAAGAUAUUUGAACUUGGAGAAGGCAGUGCUGGAGUACAGACUUCAAAGUACAAGCUUGAACCCCCUCAUUAUGAUGGUGUACAGUGUCUGAGUAUAAGAGGAACAGCUCUUUUUAGUGGAUCAAGAGAUAACAGCAUCAAGAAAUGGGACUACACGACACAAGAUUUGCAACAACAUUUGAUAGGAGCUCACAGUGACUGGAUAUGUGCCCUUGAUUUCUUACCUCAAAGUAGCGUGUUACUAAGUGGAUGUCGCAGAGGAGUGCUUAAACUAUGGCAGUCUGACACUUGUCAGCAGAUCUGUGAAGUCAAGGCACACAGACAUCCCAUCAAUGCUAUCACUACCAAUUCAUCAUGUGUCUUCACUGCCUCAAGCGAUCGUCUGGUACGAUUAUGGAGAGUGACAGGAACACUAGAGGAACAGCUUGAAGACCUUAAACAAUCAGUACAAGUUUAACAACAAAAACCUUACAACACAUUCUUUACAAGAAGAGUACAUAUAGUAUAUAUAUAUAUCCAUCCACCUUCUGGAAUUGUUACCAGAAAAGGCAUUCCACAAAAAAUAUUCGUAAAACAUGACAAAUAUUAUGUAAAUUAUUAAGAAGUAUUAUACAUUAUAACCUUCAAUACCUUUAUUACAUUAUAUACUGGCAUAUCAUAUAAAAGUAUUUUCAAUAAUUACCCAUGAAAAAGAGCUGCUUGGAUACAUGGGGUGAUAGUUGAGUGUUGAGUAGGAUGGGCUAUAUCUGGUAUCUCUCAUGAAAAUCACUAGUCAGAUAAAUGCCCAUAAGAUUUCUAACUUUUCUAUUAAAUAAACAGAUAUUUUUGUAGAUAAAAGAUACUU